CAGAAGUCUUCCGAGGAUGAUGCACAUACCAAGGAAACUCUAGAGGAUAACAACGAUGAGAAAGAACAACUUCCCGAGCACCAGCGGCAGCGGGAGAAGCAGCAAGAUGGGUUUGUGUGUGAUGAUCGUCUUCGCAUUGCUGCUUUAGAGCAUGAGUCAAACCACGUGUCUAUUGUCAAGCGUUUGCUGCUAUUAUCCGAGUCUGAACUCACGGCUGAAGCGCAUGAAUUGUAUACGCACAGGAGUGAUAUUCUGGAGAUGAUAGAAGCAACAUCAAAUGCAUCAUUAAAUACAACAAAUGCGAGUGAAAAAAUAUCAAAAGGAGUGCUUCUGUUAAUAUGUCUUCUUUUACUUAUUUUGGUGGCAGUUGUUUGUUUUGCUGCUAUGGCGUAUUGUUAUUAUAGUGCGAAACCAGCAUGUUGUAAUCGUCGCGAGUGUGAAAAAGAUUUAUUAACUGUAGUAGAAACAAUAACACCAGAAAUGAUGCGGUGGAAUUCAGCCCGUGAUCUUUUGCUACUUGAUACUCUUGAUGCUCGUUGCUCAGUUUUCUUUUCUGCGGCGAGUACCUCUAUUUCUUAUUUUGGUGCUCUUUCUGCUGCUCGUUCUGCUACUCUGCGGUGGCAGCCUAAGUGUCUUGCAAAUGUAGUUAAUGCUUAUUUUCAUACUUGUGAGAUGUACUAUGUAGAUUUGUUGAGGGCCAUAACUUCACGUGAGUGCAUUGAAGAGGAGUUAUAUGUAAAGGACACACUACACAUGUAUACAAUUCACAAAUUGAAACAGGAACAAGAGUUGCAGAAGUUACUACUACAGGAAGAAGAGGAACGCGCUACACUGAAGUUCAAUGAGACAGAAGAGGUGAGUAAUGUGUGGAAACACAUGGUAGUGGUAUUACAGUUACAAUUGCAGCAGCAUUACUAUCAACAACAAAAAGAAGAGAAAGAGAAGGAAGAGAGAAGCAUUACGGAAGGAAGAGAAGAAGUUACAUCUGAUGUUAAGAUGGUAACAUCUCCCACUGAAGAUGCUGUGAUGGAGAGAAGUAUGAAGAAUCGAACUAACAAUAAUGAUGAAGAGAGUAGUAAUAGUAGUAUGAAUGCUAAUAAUGGGACGGAUCUGGAGCAGCUUCUCCGUGAUAUGUUACUUAAAGAAAACCGUGAGAAACAUGAAUUGAUGUUAGAACUGCAGUUACUACGUCAUCAAGUUCAGCACCUGCAGGAACGGGGAAUAGUCAAAGCAGGAACCCUCAGUACGAGCCGUGCAGCCUCUUUACCAAUAAUUCCUAUGGAUUACGGGAAGUUUACGAUGGACAGUGACUAUUCCGAUGAGGCACAAGGGAAGGGUGUUUGUUUGACAAGAGCAACUGAUAGAGAAGGGGAAUGCAAACUAUUGGUAUCUCCUACAUUGACGUCUAUAACACCAAAAACAAAAAUAUUAGGAACUACGAUAUCACCAGAAGAGAAAUGUUUGACCGGAACGGAUAUAUCUGGUCUUGUUCCAUGUACAUCAGAAGGCUAUAAUCGAUUGUUACUAUCACCUCAACAACCACAACCAUCAGAAGAAAAGAUAGAAUGUGUAUCCCCAUCACAUCAUUCUUUAUAUCCUUCAGUAGAAGCGGAGGAAGUUCAUGUCGGUGAUGAUGAUAACGCAGAGAAACACUUUCGACACGUUCAUGUUGCACUUGUGGAAUCUCCGCUGGUUCAUCCCUUAAUUACUACUACUUCUUCUACUAUGCAGGAUGAGGAGAGCAAUCUAACGGUCUCACGAGAACUGGCACGGCCCAGCGGCAGUAAUCCACCUUCCGUAGUAAAGUUAACAUAUCCUGUUUCUACGUGUACGACCGCAUCCUCUGAGUCUACCGUUUCAACUGAAAAUACAUUGAAUGAGGCACAAACUGCAGAAGAAGGAAGGAGAGGAGAAGUCGUAGGCGUCAUCGCAACUCCAUCAAUAACAGCAACGACCACCACCACAAGAAAUAGUCUUAGUGCGAAUCCAGUAAAUGCCGUUACCAUGUGCCGUCGAAACCACGAUACGCGUCGUUAUCACGGGAACGAUUGGUCAGAUCUCCAGGAGGGAGGGAAUAACUAA